CUACCUUUCCCCUUUGUGUAACGUCUUCUUCUCCUAUAGGUGGGGCUCUGUUGGCCAAUGAGAAGCGAGAUCCGGAAGGGAGGCGUGUAAACCCGCAUGGUGGAGUCCGGCACGCUCUUUUAGCAUCAUGUUGCGCCGGGAGGCCCGUCAGCGGCGGGAAUACCUUUUCCGCAAAGCCCAAGAGGAGAGACUUCGGGCUGUUGAGGAGAAAAAGGAAAAAAUCAAGAAAGCACUAGAUGAGAACUGCCUCAUCCCCACAGAACUGCGGAGGGAGGCCCUCAGGCUUCAGAAGUCCAUUGAAUUCGAUGAUGAGGGUGCGACAGGGGUGACCACGAACGUGGAUGAUGAGUACCGGUGGGCAGGCGUGGAGGACCCUCGCAUAAUGGUCACCACCUCGCGCGACCCCAGCUCCCGUCUCAAGAUGUUUGCUAAGGAGCUCAAGCUGGUCUUCCCGGGAGCCCAGCGCAUGAACCGAGGUCGGCAUGAGGUGGGCGCCCUUGUCCGCGCCUGCAAGGCCAACGAAGUUACAGAUCUGCUGGUGGUGCAUGAACACCGAGGGGUGCCUGAUGGGCUCAUUGUCAGCCACUUGCCCUUUGGCCCCACGGCUUACUUCACGCUCUGCAACGUGGUGAUGCGCCACGACAUCCCGGACAUCGGCACCAUGUCCGAGGCCAACCCCCACCUCAUUUUUCACAACCUCACCUCCCGGCUCGGGCAGCGGGUCACCAGCAUCCUCAAAUACCUUUUCCCGGUACCCAAAGAGGACAGCAAACGAGUUAUCACUUUUGCCAAUCAAGAAGACUACAUCUCCUUUAGGCACCAUGUCUACAAGAAGACUGAUCACCGGAACGUGGAGCUCACUGAGGUCGGGCCGAGGUUUGAAAUGAAGUUGUAUAUGAUCAAACUGGGGACCUUGGAGCAGGAGAGCACGGCCGAUGUGGAAUGGCGCUGGCACCCCUACACCCACACAGCAAAGAAGCGGAAAUUCCUCAGCGUGGAAUAGCCCCAUGCCACAUUUCCCUCGGCAGCACCCUGUCUCUCCAGUAGACAGCUAUACACUGGCUACAUAUCGGACUCUAAAGGGCACUGCCUAGUUGGCAAUGGAACUCUUUCUGCCCCUUCUAGGACUGAGAAUCUCCAUGGUUUCUUCAGCCAGUAGUUCCCAGUCUCUCAAUUUCCUCACGCGGAUGACUGGACUACCACAGAAGCCUUGCUUCUCUAUUCAGUGGGAUGUCUACUGUUUUAGGGCUCUGCGUCUCUGUUCAGCUUUUGAAUUUGGAACCCGUCACUAGGGCUGCGCUGUAACCAGCGCAGAUGGCUUUCAAAAGCAUCAGCAGGAGAGGUGGCCAGGUCAGCAUUGAUGGCAAAGAGGAUCUUAGAAGCCUCCCUUCAGGGUCCCAAGAUGUGCUUCAACUUGACGUUUCAGACAAGACAAUACAUAGCCAUGUCCAUUUCCCCUUCUCUCCCAUGGAUACUCAGUCAGGGGCAUCUUUGGGAGAAUAAAAUGGAUGGCCUCUC